AUGUCGACUGGUUAUUCAGACCAUGUCAAUCGCGACCACGGCAACAUACAAUCACGAUAUCCUACUCACACCCCAGAGUCCACGCCGCAGUCUGCUCCGAUGAGCGAAAUCUCACAUUCGAGAUCGCCGAGCGCGAUGGAAAGCAGCACAACAGCCUCCGUGGGCUUAAAACCCACCGCAGCAGACCAGAAGAAUGGCGAGGUAAAACCUCCAAAGAAGCAGAGUCUGGAUUACAUCUCAAGAACUGGGUUAGCAGGAGGACUUGCGGGGUGUGCGGCCAAAACCGUCGUGGCUCCCCUCGACCGCGUCAAGAUCCUAUUUCAAGCCUCAAAUCCGCAAUUCGCAAAAUAUACCGGCAGCUGGUAUGGCCUUUCUGCGGCCAUUCGAGACAUCAAGCGCUCAGAAGGCGCAAUGGGCCUAUACAAAGGCCACUCCGCCACCCUCAUUCGAAUCUUCCCCUAUGCCGCCAUCAAAUUCCUCGCAUACGAACAGAUCCGCGCAGUUGUAAUCCCCUCACGAGAUAAAGAGACUGUAUUCCGCCGACUGGCAUCAGGCAGCAUGGCUGGAAUCACGUCCGUCUUUUUCACAUACCCCCUAGAACUUCUCCGCGUGCGAAUGGCCUUUGAAACAAAACAAACCUCCCGCUCUUCCUUGACAGACGUCUGCCGCCAAAUUUACAAUGAGCGCGCGCGGGCCCCGCCCACAGGCUCUGUGGCCGCGGCGGAAUCUUCGACCGUCGCUGCUGCUGAAAGUGCUUCCUCGGCUAUGAACAAGGUCAUGCCGCGCUCUGGACUGGCUAAUUUUUACCGUGGCUUUUCUCCUACGAUUCUUGGAAUGCUUCCUUACGCUGGCAUGUCCUUCUUGACGCACGAUACUGUCGGGGACUGGCUCCGUCUCCCUGCUGUUGCGAAAUAUACCACUAUUCCCGGCUCAACAUCCAAGAGGUCUGACAGGGGCCCCCAGCUCACGGCUGCUGCUGAGUUAUCCUCCGGCGCACUGGCUGGUAUGGUCUCGCAAACAUCUUCCUACCCGCUUGAGGUCCUUCGCCGACGCAUGCAGGUCGGCGGUGCAGUCGGUGACGGACGUCGUCUUGGAAUGGCCGAGACUGCUCGGACUAUCUGGCUCGAGAGGGGAUUCCGUGGCUUUUGGGUUGGGUUGACUAUCGGAUAUAUGAAGGUCAUUCCGAUGGUUGCUACCAGUUUCUUUGUUUAUGAGCGGUUGAAGUGGUCGCUUGGAAUUUAA